GCUCCCCCCUACCGAUUUCACGUAUGAUGGAAAGGCCUCGCCGGCUCUACAGUAAUUCUCCUUUAAGGGCGACUUGAAACCGCCUGUACUGAAUAACAUUUGCUGUUCCGGCGUCUCCCCUCCGCUGUUGGUAUCCCGGAAGUACUCCGAUGUCUCGAGCCUGGGAUGUGGGGCUGGGCAGCCUGGACGAGGGCACCUUCCUGCGGUGCUGCGAGCUCUUCCUCCAGCACGCACGCUCGCUAGAUGACGGGUGGUCCUGGGGCAGCCUGAACGGGUCUGAUGAAGGAUUCCUGAAGAAAACUGUUCUGGUUACUGGGAAGAUCAACACAGAAGCCCCGGAUGGACCCUGCAGGCCAGGCGAGAACCUGGAUAUGCUUGGAGAGGACGUGCAGGUGGGCCUUGCAAGAGCAGAUGAAGCCCUUGCCUUCACCUGCGCCGUCCUGGCUGAGCCAUCUGCCGGCAGGCACCCCUGCGAGAGGGCAGGGAAUGCGCAGGACGGGGGCCCCGAUGAUGCAGAAGGGACACCAGCGCCCCCCGGUGCGGCAGCUGUGAUUCGCUAUGAGUACCAUGUGCUGUAUUCCAGUAGCUUCCAGACCCCGAUGUUGUACUUCAGAGCCUCGACGCUAGAUGGCCGAUCGCUGUCCCUAGAAGAGAUUUGGGAUGGCGUUCACUCAAAUUACAGACAACGCCUCCUACAUGCACCCUGGGACUCCAUCACUCAGCAGGAACACCCCCUUCUUGGGCAGCCCUUCUUUGCUCUCCACCCUUGCCGAACACAGGAAUUUAUGAGCCCCGUGCUUGAAGCAGCUCGCAACCAAAACAGAAGCCUGAACUACAUUGUCUCUUGGCUGAGCACCGUUGGGCCUGUGGUGGGGCUGCACAUCCCCCUCAGUUACGCCACUGUGUCCUCUGAACCCAGCGGGCCGGAUCCAGAUUGAAGCGCCUCAGCACAGUAAGGGUAUCUGGGCCUGUCUCAGCCGUGUAAGAACCUGUAACAGAACUCAGAACUGGGCUGUAACCAGAGAAUUGGGCUGCGAGCUGCUUCAGACUAGCCUCAAGAAAUCCCAUCCACCAGCUGAGGCUUAUGUGGGGCCUGUUCUGCACGCACUGAACCCCUUUUCUUGUGUAAAUUACAUCUCAUGACCAAGCAGGGGUUGUAAGUACUCACUGCUGAUUCCUGCUGUAUGCUGUCAGCCUAAACAGAAGACUGUAGGUGAUUUCCCAGUGUCAUCCGUUAUUGUGAAUCAUCAGGUAAAAGGUGCUAUGUUGUUAUACUUUCUAACUGUCGAUUGUGUGAACAGUGAUAUAAUCCGAAAUAAAAGUUCAAAACAAA